AUGGUCCAGAUACUGAACUGGUACGAUCGCUCGGCGGUUGAAUUUCCCAUCGUCGCAGGUGAGCAUGUCGUGGAAUUGGGGCCUCACACCUCGUUGACCUACCCUGUUCAGGUGAUAUGUGGUGGCCCAGAGAAACGCGACCAGCUUGUUUUCCGUAUCUUCACACCCCUACAAGGCACGUUCGUUGGGUUUAUCGCGUUGGUGGAAGCUGCGCUCAUCGUCCUCCGCGAAAAGCGUCCCUCCCCUUGCGAACCCCAGGAAGUCGGGGGUGUCUGGUGGAAAUUUGAGCUCCCAUGGCAUGGGCCAGUGAAGAAUUUUGAAGAUAUCGUGUCAAUGUGCCGGGUGACACUAGAAGUGCACCGCGACGAGCUCGUCCACGAUGCCAAUACCAAGUUUCCCAAGUUCUCCCCUGCCUUGCAAUUUCGUUAG